CCAAAAGGAGGAGACGAAGAAGUAGAAGCAGAAGCCGCAGCAUAUCUGAGCGGAGGAGUGGAAGUGACAGUCCUCUUACUCUGAGUGCUGAAGGGUGAAGAUGCAGACACCGGCACAGUCGAUCCUUCAUAGUGGAUAUUUCCACCCAACGCUCCGUUACUGGCAGACCUGCGCCACUGAUCUUAGACCAGACAAUCUCAUCUAUCCAAUCUUUAUCACAGACAGUUCAGAUGCAGUGGAGCCGAUCGGAAGCCUGCCAGGACAGGCCAGAUAUGGGGUGAAUAAGCUGGAGGGAAUGUUGCGCCCCCUGGUGGAGAAAGGUUUAAAAUGUGUCCUCAUUUUUGGUGUCCCUGCCAAAAUAACAAAGGAUGAAAGGGGUUCGGGAGCCGACUCUGAUGAGACUCCUGCUGUUCUGGCCAUUAAAAAAAUCCGAUCUUUGUUCCCGGAGCUGCUGGUGGCGUGCGACGUCUGUCUGUGCCCUUACACCUCACAUGGACACUGCGGGAUCCUGAAUGAUGACGGCACCCUGAACAACGACGCCAGCUGUCUGCGUCUGGCAGAGGUCGCUCUGGCAUAUGCACAAGCUGGUUGCCACAUCAUUGCUCCCUCUGACAUGAUGGACGGACGGAUCCGCGCCAUAAAACAAGCUUUGCUCUCCAACGGUUUGGGAAACAAGGUCUCAGUGCUCAGCUACAGCGCCAAGUUUGCCUCUUGUUACUACGGUCCUUUCAGGGAUGCUGCGCAGUCGAAGCCCGCCUUUGGAGACAGACGCUGCUAUCAGCUUCCUCCCGGGGCGAGAGGUCUGGCGCUUCGAGCCGUGGAGCGAGACGUGAAGGAGGGGGCCGACAUGCUGAUGGUGAAACCAGGCCUGCCGUACCUGGACAUCAUGAGGGAAGUCAAGGACAAGUUCCCCAGCCAUCCUCUGGCAGUCUACAAUGUUUCCGGGGAGUUUGCCAUGUUGUGGCACGGAGCGAAGGCUGGAGCGUUCGACCUACAGGCUGCAGUGAUGGAGGCCAUGACGGCGUUUCGCAGGGCAGGCGCUGACAUCAUCAUCACCUACUACACACCUGAGCUGCUCACCUGGCUGAAGGAGUAAAAGGAGCCAGAGCUGCGGCGAGCCUCAAACCUUCACACUCUGGUGUUGACAGAGGGAAACUUUAUCAACUGGAAACAACUGAGUCCUCCAUCCUGAAUCCUGCAAAUCACAUCUGGGUUUCAGCUUUUUGGACGUGUUGAAUGUAAAAACAGAGUAUUUUGCUUUAAGCUGAACAAGUCACUUCUGCAUAAAGGAAAACCUCUAAAGGACCAUUUAGAAGAUAGUAAUGACAUGAAAUAAAGCUGUUCAUUCCA